AUGAUAGAGAAGACCAACAAGAUACGAAACGACGUCGUGAACUUUGGGUCGUCGGCAACCGCCUUAAGCAUAAACGACAAGUCGAUAGUGAUAUCAAAGAUCAAGCCCAAGAUUCGGAUAAUUCAUAUAAUUGCCCCUGAAAUCAUUAAGACCGACAUAACCAACUUCAGGGAUCUUGUCCAAAGUCUCACCGGAAAAUCCAGCAUAAGGAAUAAUAAUAAUAUUGGAAAGAAAAAAAGCUUGACGUCGGGUUCUUCUCCGGCGGCGAUGACUCCGGCGAGUACAAGCAAGAGUACUGUUAUUAGUAAUCAUAAUCAUCAUCAUCAUGGUAUGCAGCAGAUAUUGAAGAACGAAAUAAUUAAGGAUGAAAUAUAUCAGCCAUGGGAAGGUGACGUCAUGAUCAAUACAGAUGGUAUUUUUGGUACGGGUUUCUUUUCGGACAUGGAUUCCUUAAUUAUUAAUCAUCAUCAUCAUCAUCACGAUCUCGCUGGUGGGUUUUCCUAA